AGAAUUCAAAUUGUUGCUAAUAUAAUUAAAGCACUUUUACGAGUUCAUAAUGAGAAUGCAAUUCAUAGGGAUUUGCAUUCUGGUAAUAUAUUAUUUAAUUUUAAUGGAAUGGCUAGUAUUAGUGAUUUUGGAUUUUGUGGACCUACAGAUAAACCAUUAAAAAGUAUAUAUGGAAAUCUUCCUUAUAUAGCACCUGAGGUUAUUAUUGGAAAAGAACCGACUUUUAAAUCUGAUAUUUAUAGUAUUGCAAUGCUUAUGUGGGAAAUUUCUUCUGGACAACCACCAUUUAUUAAUUAUGAACAUAAUUAUGAUCUUGCUAUGAAAAUUGUUAAUGGCAUAAGACCAAAAAUUGUACCAGGAACUCCUUUAGAAUAUAAAAAUUUAAUGAAACAAUGUUGGGAUGCUGAUCCAUCAAAAAGACCUGUUAUCAAAACACUUCGCAAUAAAAUAAGA